AUGACCGCGGACGUUGAAGGUUUCACUCUCCUUGCACUCGGCAUCGUAGUUAUUCUUGUGCGUAUGUACGCACGAUGGACCAUUGUCGGACCUUCGAAUUUCCAGCUCGAUGAUUAUCUGAUGCCGUUAGCCGGAAUUGUUUUUACGCUGGAAACAGUCGCUGCGCAUAUCGUCGUUGCAUCAUACGAUGGCCUCACGAACAGCUAUAUGACUCCCGAGGAGCGGGCGGCUCUUGAUCCUAAUUCGGCUGAAUUUGCGAAAAGAGUCGCAGGGUCUAAAAUCCAAGUUAUAGGCUGGUCCUUUUAUGCCCUCAUUCUGUGGCUGGUGAAAUUCUGUGUUGCAAUAUUCUAUUCCAGGUUGACGAGUGGAUUAAUGGACCUGCCCAACCGGGUGCGCCUCUCGUAUGUUAUCCUGGGGGCGACGUACAUUAUGGUCGCUUUAUGUCUUGUCCUCCCAUGCCGGCCAAUUGAGAGAUAUUGGCAGAUUAGCCCUGAUCCCGGCAACAUUUGCCAACCAACGAUAUCCAAAAUUGCAGUGCUCAUUGUCGUCAUUCCGAAUGUCCUUACUGAUUUUUACCUACUUUCCAUUCCACUUCCAUUACUAUGGAAGGUAAACAUCAGCUUGCGCAAAAAGAUCACAUUGAUGGGACUGUUCAGCGGAGCGUGUUUCAUUAUGGUAGCAGCUGUUAUCCGGGCUGUAACGAUUCUUUCUUCUGGCCCUGAAGGCGCUGUCUCGGGCAGUAGAUGGGCAUGCCGAGAAACAUUCGUCGCAAUCGUCGUUUCCAACCUCCCAAUCAUCCACCCGCUGAUGCUCAUGCUCAUCCGCGGCACGAAACUCAGUUUCCUACUCACGUCCGCUAAUCGGCCAUCACAACCCUAUGGGCAUACGAGUAGCAGAACAAAACAAAGCUCCGCACGGGAAGGGCGCAAAAAAGUCCACCAUCCACUUUCCAUUCCCGGCACCAAUGCCUGGGGUAGCGACGAGUACAUUCUUAGCACAGGGACGAAUGCGCCUCAGAAGGAAAUAACCGUUGUGCAAGAGACUAUAGUUCGGAGCGAUCCGUGGACGCAGGAAGAUGGAGCGCAGUCCUCAGCUGCCCAGCCUGAGUGGGCGCGACAGGGCACCCAGACACAGGAAAUCAACAGCCUUUCACGAGAACUGCCGGAUAAAAAGCGGAAUGGUCAAUCGAGCGCAAUUGAACGUGUUUAA